CCCGGGGGCUGGCAGCACCCCAGCACCCAGCGCCGUGCCUCCGGCCGGUGGGAGCAGGGUCUCUCCCUGGCUCUCGGCAUGUCUGGGGCGGAGGCGCUGGGCCCCCGGGGACCCGAAGGCGCUGGGGCAUGCAUGGGGGACGUCCCUUCCCUUAAAGAAAUUGAGCAGCUCCUGAACACCGGGCGACCCUCUUGCAACCACGUUGAUGAAGUAUGGCCUAAUCUCUUCUUAGGAGACCUAGUGACAGCUCAUAACAGAUUUGUUUUGUGGAAGAUGGGCGUGACCCAUGUUUUAAAUGCUGCCCACGGCACAGCGUAUAGCCACGGAGGCCAGGACUUCUACGGAGCAACCAUUGAUUAUUAUGGUGUACCAGCCCAUGACCUCCCAAGCUUUGACAUAAGCCAGUUCUUUUUCUCUGCAGCACAAUUUAUCCACAACGCCUUGAACACACCAGGAGCUAAAAUUUUGGUACAUUGUGCAGUUGGAGUAAGCCGGUCAGCUUCUCUAGUCCUAGCAUAUCUUAUGAUAAAUCACCACCUCCCAUUGGUUGAAGCCAUCAAAACAGUGAAGGAACAUCGAUGGAUUUCACCCAAUCGUGGCUUUCUGAAACACCUGCGAAAUUUGGAUGUUCAGCUACGGCAAAAGAAGGACUGCUGAAAGGGCAGACCCAUUUGCAAUCACUUUUCUGAGUUUCAGCCUUCAUAGCCAUUGCACAUAUACAGCUUCCUAUGAUCAAUGCAUGUU